ACAGAUAAAAUUGUAGAUAAAUAACUUCAUCGCUAAAACGUAUAAAAGAGUGUUAUUAGCUUUCUGACUAAUAUUAACAAAGUUCCCUCCAAGUCUAAAACAUCGUGUUUUAGAUAUAAAGUUAUAGUUUAUAAUUUAAUUGUGAUUAAAGUGAUAAUUAGUUUUUCUUUUUAAUUAUGAGUGUUAUGACGAAAAAAGUUCCUCCAGAUGGAGGAUAUGCUUGGAUUAUUAUGAUUGCUUAUGCAAUGAACCAUUUUUUCUGCAUACCAAUUAUGCAAAAUUUUGGUUUAAUCUACAAAGAAACCUUCGAAGAUUUAGAAUUUACAGCAACCGAAAUCUCAAUGAUUUUAAAUAGUUGUGCAGCUUUUUCAAUGUUAAUCGGAAUAAUUAUGGGUCCUUUAUUGAAACAAUUAGGAUUUCGAAAAGUUUCAUUAAUUGGAGCCACCUUUAUAACGACAGGUGUUCUUUUAACAUCUCGAGCAACGAAAUUUAAACAUUUCAUGAUCACCCACGGACUUAUAACAUCAAUCGGAAUGGGAAUUGGAAUGUCAUCGUAUUCUUUAGCCCUCAAUUCUUAUUUCACAACAAGAAGAGGUAAAGCAACGGGUUUAGGGAUGACAUUAGCAGGGUUAGGGCCAGUUUUAAUGCCUCAAUUCAUCAGCUUCCUCUUAUUUUCUUAUGGAGUUCAAGGCGCGAUGACAAUUUUAGGUGGGAUUGUAUCCCAUUCAUUUAUUAGCGCAUUUCUUUUACAACCAGUUAAAUGGCACAUGAAAGAUGAAAUUAUUGAUGAAGAAAAAGAUGAAGAGAAAAAAGAAAAAGAAAAUGUUGAAACUGAAGCUGCAAUAGCCUUGGAUUCAAAUUUAUCGGGAAGCAUGUGGUCUUUAAACGAGGAAAGACAAAGAUUAUCGUCGGUUUCUUCACAAAGGAGAAGAAAAUCAUUAAAAAAAUCAAUGGAAUCUUUAAGUGGUACAAAAAUUCUUGAAGAAAAUGAAAGGGCAGAAAAAGAACCGCUUAAUCCAAACAAAGAAAAUGAUAAAUCUCAAAAAGAUGAAACAGAAGAUAAAUCAAAAGAUGUUAAAAAGAAAGAAAAGCAAUCACUUUUAAAACGAAUCGGACAUAACAUCACGGAAAUGUUCGAUUUAAAAUUACUUAAAGAUCCAAUUUAUCUCAACAUUAUGUUUGGAAUGUCUUUCGCAAUUUUCGCAGAAAUGAAUUUUUCCGUUUUAACACCGUUUAUUUUGGGGGAUUACAAUUUAACCGUUCCUCAAAUCGCCACUUUUAUGUCGGUAAUUUCUAUUUUGGACAUCAUUUUUCGAUUUUGCGCUCCAUUUAUUGGCGAUCUUUUAAAACAAUCUCAUCGAGUUAUGUAUUUAGUUUCAAUGAUACUUUUAAUUGUUACGAGAUUUGCUUUAUUAUUAACCGGCGAAUACAAAGAACUUCUGAUUAUAGCUGCAACUCUUGGAAUAGCCAAAGGAUUUAGAACUGUUUAUUAUUCCUUGGUUAUUCCGAGUUAUGUCCCAAUUGAAAGAUUUGCAGCUGCCGCUGGAAUUCAAAUGACUGUAAAUGGGAUUGUUGUUUUAGCUGGAGGACCCGUUAUUGGUUAUAUUCGAGAUUUAAGUGGAAAUUAUCGUAAUUGUAUCUACGUGAUAAACGCAGUAACAUUCGCCACGUUUUUAAUGUGGACGGUGGAAAUGUUGUACGUAAAGUACAAAAAACAGAACAAAGUGAUGAGUGAUAACGGAAAGACAAAAGAAAUGCAUUCAACAAAAAGAAAAGUGGUUCCUGAUGGAGGAUAUGGUUGGAUAAUUAUGAUUGCUUAUGCAUUACAUCAUUUUGUAUCGAUUCCGAUAAUGCAAGGUUUUGGAUUAAUGUACAAAGAUACAUUCCAAGAUUUAGGUUUUACAGCAACCGAUAGUGCUUUAAUUCUCAAUACAAACGCAGCUUUUAUGAUGUUAUGUGGAAUAAUCAACGGACCGUUACUAAAACAGUUAGGAUAUCGAAAAGUUUCGAUUUGCGGAGCUUUUCUUACAACCGUUGGGGUUCUUUUAACAUCAAGGGCGACUAAUUUUACCCAUUUUAUGAUUGCUUACGGUCUUAUUACAUCUUUAGGAAUGGGAAUGGGAAUGUCUUCUUACCCCGUGGCACUUAACACGUAUUUUACCACAAAAAGAAGUAAAGCGGCGGGUUAUACCAUGACCAUAGCUGGAUUAGGACCUGUGGUUAUGCCACAACUCAUCAGUUUUUUAUUGUAUAUGUACGGAGUACGUGGAGCUUGUAUGGUUUUAGGAGCCGUUGCUGGUCACACUUUUAUUAGCGCUAUUUUAUUACAACCUGUUAAAUGGCAUAUGAAACAAAUUGAAGAUGAAAAUAACGAAUUAAAUGAAAUUAUUGAAGAAAAAACUGACAACGAUCGAUCGAAAUCGCGACUAUCAAGUAGAAGGAACUCGUCGGAAUCUAUUAAUGAUGAAAUUGAAAUUGAAGCUAUUUAUGGAAUUGAUACACCUUUAGCUGGAAGUUUAAUGUCUUUAGCUGAAAAAGAACGAAAUCAAUCAAUUUCAUCGAGAAGGAGAUUUUCACUUUCAAAAUCAAAAGAAUCGCUGGCUAAGUCUAAAAUACGAGAAAUAAAUGAAUUAAGUGAAGAAGAAGCACCUCUUCAAUUAACUUCAAACGGAGAUAAUAAAGUGUAUAAUCCGGAGCAGACGAUUGAAAAGAAGAAAAAGCCGUCGCUUCUAAAACGAAUUGGAAAAAACAUCGUGGAUACGUUCGAUUUAAAAUUAUUAAAAGAUCCGAUUUAUGUUAAUAUAAUGUUGGGGAUGUCUUUGGCUGUUUUUGCCGAGUUAAAUUUUUCAUUACUCACUCCAUUUAUUAUGGGGGAUUACGAUUUUACCACGCAACAAACGGCUACUUUUAUGUCGUUAUUAUCGUGUGCUGAUAUUUGUUUUCGAUUUUUGGCACCGUAUAUUGGUGAUGUUUUGAAGAAACCACCGAGGUUUAUGUAUUUAUUAUCAUUGUUUUUAUUAAUUAUUACUCGAUUUUCUUUAUUAUGGACAAAUGAUUAUUAUCCACUUCUUUGUGUUGCAAUUGGUUUAGGGGUUGCAAAAGGUGUUAGAACUGUUUAUUGGUCGUUGGUUAUUCCAAGUUAUGUUCCAAUAGAACGAUUAGCAGCUGCUCUUGGGAUUCAAAUGACUGUUAAUGGGAUUUGUAUUUGGAUUGGGGGCCCAGUUAUAGGAUUUAUUCGUGAUUUAACCGGAAGUUAUAGAAAAUGCAUUUUUGUAAUAAACACAGUAACAUUUACCACCAUUGUUAUGUGGACGAUUGAAAUGGUUUACAUUAAAUAUAAAUCAAGAAAAACUAAAAAUACUCAAAUUAAUAUUUUAUAGAUUUU